AUGGAAGACGACGAAAUCCUAACAAGUGAGUUCCAAUUUAUAGAAGUAAAAGCUAAUAUGGACAGCUUAAUCGUUAAGCUACCAAUGCUUUAUACCACUAUGAAAGUGCAACAAGCAAUAAACAUAAAACCUUACAUUAUAGACCUUGGAAACCACGAUGGGGAGGUGAAGAUAGAAUGGUCUUGCAGGCUUAACAAUAAAAAUUUUUGUGAGAAUAAGAACGAUGACUUCCUAAACAUUGAAAGUGGAUUUUUGGAAGAAGGAGAGUAUAACAUAUCCAUACGAGUAAACAAAGGUGCUAUGAAGAAAACGGAUACGUGCAAAAUAAAAAUUAUGAAUGAUGUGCCUUCAAUAGAAAUAGAUACUUUAGAGUAUCCAAUCCUUCCUUCAUCUGGUGUACACAUCAGGGCAAACAUUGACGACUUACGAACAUUUUGCACCCUGCAGUGGAAAUCAACAGAUUCGUAUUUUCUUCUCGACUUAAACCAAAUACCUGGCAACGUAAACGAACUACGUCUAGUGAUCGUGAAGAGAGACCUGUUUCUAAAGGAACUCGAAGAAUUUAGCAACGACGUAUCCAACAAGGAACAUGAUCUGUUAAUACCUCCACCAACAGAAAAUUGGGCAGGCCUUCCAGCUGAAGACAAGAAUUAUAAACUACAUUUCACCUUAGAAGCAAAAUGCCCAAAAGUGCAACUGCAAGACGAUGUUGACAUCGAAUACUCGGGUAGUAUUUUAAAUGAUACCAUAAUGGUAUCCGCUUUAGUGGAGAUAGAUGUUAAUGUACCACCAAAAAUACAACCACUGACUGUUGAGCCAUCUACAGGAGUAGCUUUAGAAACGGUUUUUACUUUUCAAACUCUGAAAGCUGUGGAAACUGGCACUAGGUGCCCUUUUUUAUACAAAUUUGGCUAUUUAUUAGGGGAUAGAGAAAAUGUAUUUUGUAACAUGCUCGAGUAUACGAAAUGCGAAACUGUCCUUCCGCAUACUGACAAAGGUAUUAAAACUUUUUUGAAAGUUUGCGACAGUUUCAAUUCCUGCGCAAAACUAUUUGGCCCUGUUGUCAAUAUUUUACUCCCAGAUCAAAUAAAUGAAACAAAAGUUUUAAAAAUUUAUAAAGAGAAAAUGAACAGUGAGGACUUUCAAAAAGCUUUCGGCUAUGCUUUAACCAUAUUAUAUACUUCCAAUGCUUUACAAGAAGAAGAUAAAUAUACCGAAUACUUCUCCAGAGAAGUUUCCAAUAAAAUACAGUAUUUGAUUAAACAUUACAAUGCCGAGGCAAACUGGGCAAAAAGGGCAAAUAAAUUAAUAAAAUACAUAAGCGACUUCAAUAAGGAAUUGUCAUUUAGCGAUAAAGUUAUAAAUGGAUUGGUAGAACUGCGCACUAAGCUACUAAGUUACCACAAAGAAAAUUUGACGGUUCCAAGACGAAAAUUGUUAGCAACAGAAAAACUCCUGACUGAUUUGGAGAAUUUUAAAAGUUAUCUAGAAGUGUCAGAUAUAAUAAUCACUAGCUCCAAAGACAAAAACAGAGUGGCAUCGGAAAAAGAACAUUUACGGAGAAUAAUAAAACAGUAUAUGGGCAAACUUUGUACGGAAUUGUAUCAGACCCGGGAAAGGGUUUCUUUAGUAUUCAAAUCUGUAAUAUUGGUGGUGGAGGAACUCCCAAAAAAAUCAUAUGGCAAUUUUCACACUAUUCCUUACAAAGAAAAUCCGUGGAACACCAGUGCAGUAAUCAAACUCAAUUUGGAGGAUAUGAUGAAAAUGAGAAAUGAAAAAUUAUGUAUUGCCAAAAUUGCGUACAAGAAUAUCUUGAACAAAACUGGAAUAAUUUACGAAGCUGAUAUUCUAAAUGCAAUUGAUGGUAAUAUGGUCCUAGAGGACAUCAAAAACACUAUGCUAAUACCUUUUGAUACAGGUGAAGUUGAGAAUAAAGUACCUAAGUGCUUGGUUUAUAGGAAUGAAUGGCAAACAAAAUGUGAAUUUAUAAAAAAUAUUUCACAGUAUGCUCAAUGUUUCUGUUCAAUAAUGGGUAGCUACUAUUUAGAAUACGAAGAUAAAAAAGUAUCAGUGACAGAGUUACAAAGUAAUACAACCAAUUUUCCAUCAACAAGAGCACAGUUAGGCGACGACUAUACAGAAAAUGAAAAACUCACCGUUAAAACGACUCCAUUAACAUAUAAACAAAAUACUAUUCAAUUCGUUACCACAACCAAAUCAGUACAAAAUGUCAAUAACGUACCGUACAGUACAAUUGAAUCAAGACUAUUUGAAGACACAAACAGUGAAGACAUCACAGAUAUAAGUAAAUUUUCGACAUCUCCAAUUACUGAAAUAGUAGAGGCAACAACCAUUUUACCAGAUUUUGACAAUGGAGGUCCAACUGCUACGUCUAACUCAAAUGCAGAAAAGACGUCAUCAUCUUAUGUAGAAGAUAACACAGCGGACAUAGCAUCGUACGUUCUAAUAGCAUCUUCACUGCUGGGAAUGGGAGUUUUGUAUUACAUCUUGAGGAAGCUGUCAAUUACUUCUGUUCGUGUUGACACAGACGAUGUAGAAACCCACAAAUAUGCUAAAUUACACGAUGAAUUUUUGUUAAAUUAAUACAUGUCUUUAUACGCUUGAACCUUUGCAAAUUGUACCUACCUUUAGUACCUUCAACUGUGAAUAUACAUAUACUAUGUUUUA